AUGGAGAUGUGUUUGCCGUGGGCACGGGCCCACUGGACGACGAGCUGCCAUGUUCAGGUCCUACCGGUCUUGGUUCAGGGGCGUGAUGACUCUCAGACCGUCUACGAAGGACGCCUUGCACGACGGUGUAUAAAGGCGUUGACUGAGCCGCUGGAAGUCCAGCUCGGUCUGCUCGCCGUUGCGCAGGCGCCCGAGGAAGCCCCGAAGCCUUGGGGCAACCAUGCCGCGCGGAACCUGCUCCUGGAGGAUGACAACGGUUGUGAACUGGAGGAACAGCCUGUGCGCUGCGAGAUGCUUCGCCAAGCCUUCCGGUCUCUGUCCGCCACGGUCCCUGGGCGCCGGCAAGAGGAGGCUGGUCUGCAGGACGGGGUCGAACUGGAAGAAGUCCCCGAAGAACAGGACCAUUGGGAUCCCGCCAAACGGGUGAUAACCCUCUCCGGAGCCAAUCAGAAGCAAGAGGUCUACAGCGGGAAAAAAAGAGGGCGCGACUAUACGAUUAGACGCUAG